UCUGUUAGGUCAGUCGAUUUAUUUGUUUUUACACUGUUAAAUCACAACUAGCUUAUAUUUUUACUUACAAAGUUACUUUAAUAUUAUAGGUUUAUUUUUCUAAUAUUAAAUGGUUUUGUUUCAGUUCUUGGUAAUACUGUAAUAUUUAAGGUAUUGCUCUCAUUUGAUUUCCGAAUUCUGAAAUUAUACCAUGAGCCUUUUACUGUGUUUGUUUUUAGUGCUCGUGUCUGUGUCAUCUAAGUUAUAAUAAGGCGCGGAGAGCAGCACAAUAGAUUCCUGUCCCAAAUAUUGGGGCCACAGAGACACUACAGUGUGUCCAACAAUGGAAACACAAAAGAUGUUUUGUACCUCCCUCCGUCGAGCUCUCCCCUCCCUCCCCCUCUUUAACCCUGUAAUAACCUUCAUACCCUCCUGGACUGGUAAACAGUAUUUUGUGUUACGGCCACAACAGCAUCCAGUGUUGUCUGCUGGACAUUUUUUGGUGGAAUUUUAACAAGAUGUUGCAGGUGACAUAAGUUAUUAUUAAUGUGGUACAAUAGGUUCAAUGUGAAGUCUGAGCAGCUGACCUGGGCUUCUGACCUUGAUUGGACUGGAUCUGGACCAGGGCUGGACAGACGGAUGGACUGUAGCCACCCUACAGGGGAUGGAACAAAAGCAGACAAGCAGACAGCAGCAGCUUUGGACUGAAAGCAGAGCAGACACCGAAGCAGAAGUGACACGGAUCAGCAUCAGUACUUUGUGUUUUUAUCCACACCAUGGUGAAACAACGACGGGUCAGAGCCCAUUCCUCAUGUGCAGCUGUUGCCUCUCGUUGUUAUAGGAGAAGACUAACAAAGACUCUGACAGAGCCAGCCAUCUUCACCAGCAAGACUAGCUGUGAUUGUCAGGCCCCACAUGAGAAGCUCACCAUCGCCCAGGCCCGCAGAGGAACCCCAGUGGAUCGACCAGUCAGAGUUUACGCCGACGGCAUCUUUGACCUCUUCCACUCGGGUCAUGCUCGUGCCCUGAUGCAGGCCAAGAACCUCUUCCCCAACACCUACCUCAUAGUAGGAGUGUGCAGCGAUGAACUGACCCACAAAUUCAAAGGUUUCACAGUCAUGACGGAACACGAACGAUACGAAGCGCUCAGGCACUGUCGAUAUGUGGAUGAGGUUCUGAGAGACGCGCCCUGGACUCUUACUCCUGAGUUCCUUGAAAAACACAAGAUCGACUUUGUGGCUCAUGACGAUAUCCCAUACUCCUCAGCAGGCAGUGAGGACGUGUAUAAACACAUCAAAGAGGCAGGGAUGUUUGUGCCUACGCAACGAACGGAGGGAAUCUCAACGUCUGACAUCAUCACCAGAAUCGUCAGGGACUACGACGUCUACGCCCGCAGAAACCUUCAACGUGGUUACACGGCCAAAGAGCUGAACGUCAGCUACAUCAACGAGAAGAAGUACCGGCUUCAAAACCAGGUGGAUCGCAUGAAGGAGAAAGUCCGUACGGUGGAGGAAAAAAGCAAACACUUUGUUUACCGCGUGGAGGAGAAGAGUCACGACCUCAUUCAAAAGUGGGAAGAGAAAUCGAGAGAAUUUAUUGGCAACUUCUUAGAGCUUUUUGGUCCAGAUGGAACAUGGAAACAGGUGUUUCAGGAACGCAGCGGUCGAAUGCUCUCCUACGCUCUCUCUCCCAGAGAGUCGCCCUGUAACAGUCCUCCUCGUGAACUUUCCCCCCUUCGCUCGCCCUCACCUCCGUCACCUCCGUCACCUCCCACGCGCUGGCACAGUGCCCGUCCCUCACCCCCCACCUCCCCGAAAGGAGCCUCCGCAUCCGUGAGCAGCAUGAGCGAAGGUGAUGAGGACGAGAAGUAGACGACAGACAGACCGUUGGACUGGUGCAAACACUGCACUGGCAGUUGACUGCCGGAGAACUGCUCACUCUCACACACACUCACGCGCACACACUCACACACAGAAACAAUAAUCCUCAAGGAUGUUAAUAAGCAAUAGCUAGGAGGUGUCAUCCUGACCUCCAGUGCUUAGAAGCCAUCACUGUCACUGUUGACGGAGAGACGGAGGACUUAUGUACACACUACACAGUGUCACAUAUCCCUAGAAGGCCCAGAAUCCUUUGCAACAUCUUCAAAGAGGAUUUGUUUGGGAUUGCACGAUCAUGACAGAAAGUUUAGACAGCCUACUCAUGACCUCACUGCAUUUGUCCCGUUGUGUCUUGUUUCACUUUUCCUUUUCUUUAGCGCAGGAAGCCAAUGACUCAGUGGAGCUCCAGUCACCAGUUGAUAUCAACGCUCUCAUCAUUACACAAACACUGUGUCAGCAUUUUAGUGCAAAGGGUCAUGUGAACCAACACGAACGUGACACAUUGGUCACUGUGUCACUCUGUGCCUGUUGAAGUCGACAGAUUAAACUGCUGGUUCCCUAAGUGUGGGGGAAGUGUUCCAUGAAAAUAGCAGUUUUUAGUAAUUACAGUGCAGGGGGGGGGGGGGGGGGGGGGGGGGGGGACUAGUUAGUGCACAACAAUUCAUGAUACAUGGAAGAGUGACCCUCGUCUCAUCUUCUCGUUUAUUCACAUGUAAAAAAUGUAGUCACUUCCAUUAGUACUCCCAUGUUUAAAACACUCACAAAACACCACAGUUCUACACCCAUCCAUGGUCUUACUUUAAUUUCACAGAAACAUGUUUGUUUUUACCACUUAAUGACAUGAGUGCAAAUUUUGUUGCUCUGUGGAAGAUUGUACCAGCUGGUAACUAAAAACAACAGGCAACAUGGAGAUGUAGCCUUUCUCUGGCACUCUGAUGAUACUUGAAAUACACAGCCUCCCCCGCCCCCCCCCCCACUCUCCUCUCCCCUUACUGCAGGUGAGCGUCUGGUCUUUUAGGGCUGGAGUGUAGUCCUUGUGUUUUCUUUGCUACCGUGUCCAAAGUGUGUAAUGAUAAGCUUCAGUCUGGUCAGAACCAACGUCUCCUCUUGAACAACCCAAAACAAACACUAAUGCAAUGUCAAUGUCUUCUUUUAUGUAUUAUGUUAACCUACACUAUGUGUAAAUACUCUGACUUUUUUUGUUGUUGUUAUUUUGUAAAUUUUAGCCUGAUAUGUAAAUAAAGCAAGAACAUACUGUGUAAGAAUCAGAAUCCAGUGAUGGUAUUUUUAAACAAGGAGGGAGAGUGGGCAGAGCCAAAUGUCAAGGGACACUGUAGGACAGCCCCCCAUCAACUAUUUUGAUUUCUUAAAUGUUGUUUGUUCAUCAUUUGCUUUAAAUAUUCCCUAAACCCUUUCAAGGCAUCUCUUCUUUAUCACCCUAACCUGCUGCUUACCCACCAAUCAGAACACAUCCUCUUUUCCUCACCCACUGUCCGACCUCUUAAAAAAAAGAUUUUCUUUCUAUCACAUC